AUGCUGACUUCGUCUCGAUUUCCGGUCCGACCCCGAGAGUGCUGGACGACUCGACCGACCUUUUCCUGGCCGUGGCGCCGGCGCAGUGCCCGCUGGAAAGUGCUGGACGACUCGACCGACCUUUUCCUGGCCGUGGCGCCGGCGCAGUGCCCGCCGCCCUACUUGUGUCGGUUCAGCGAGGGGCUCGAGCGCGGGCGCCGGCUAGGCGACACGCUCUACGCCGCCCUGCUCAUGGGGAAACUGGCCGAUGACCGCCCCGAGCCCACGGGAUCCAUCAAGGUCGCCGCCCGCCGCGUUCCGAGCGUCGUCGAACGCCCCAACCGCCGACGGGUAUCCAGCGGGUCGCUGACAGUGUUGGCACAACCUGGGGUUGGCGUGUCUGAUGGCCGCGUUACCACUGGGCCCCGGGAGCUCAUGCUCACCGACAUACACCGCGUGGACUAUGGCACCUUUGGCACCAUCUACAGGGCCUUCUUGCUCAAUGGCAAGAAGGUGGCCAUCAAGAAGGUGCUGCAACAUGCCAAUUAUCGGGUGAGUCUGCUGCGAGUCUCCUCUCCUCCGUCACACUCUUCUGGGAAUAAAGGAGGAAUACUUGCAAUUCAAACCGACUUUUUUCUGCAGAACCGAGAGCUGACAAUACUCAAGGAGCUGGACCACCCAAACAUAGUAACCCUCUAUUACUAUUUCUACACCAAGGGAGAGGAGCCAGGAUCUGAUUAUCUUCAUCUGGUCAUGGAGUUCUUCAACUCGAACCUUACAAGACUUCUGAAGCAGCACCGGGAGAAGAGGACCGCUAUUCCCAUGGUUCAAGUGAAGGUCAAUUGUAAAAACUUCAUCGCGUUAUUUCGGUGUUUGCAGUGCUUCAUGUACCAGAUGUUUCGCGGGCUGUAUUAUCUGCAUUAUCAAAACAUCGGACACAGGGACAUCAAGCCGCACAAUUUGCUGCUGGAUCUUCAGACGUGCGUGCUCAAGGUCUGCGAUUUCGGAUGCGCCAAGCACUUGAACGAAAGCGAAACCUCCAUCUCCUACAUCUGCUCCAGAUACUACCGCCCUCCAGAACUCUGCAUGGGCGCCACUCAAUACGGCGUCUCCAUCGAUAUGUGGAGCGCAGGAUGCGUGGUGGCGGAGAUGUUCCUUGGCGAGCCAAUCUUCCGGGGUUCUUCCCGCGAGGACCAGAUGGUGGAGAUCAUCAAGGUUCUUGGCACGCCAAACAAGGAACAAAUGCGAGAGAUGAAGGUUUACGAGCCGCCUUUCCGGCUUCCCAAAAUGGAACGCGUUUCAUGGACAAAGGUGUUCCGCCACGCACGAACACCGCCGCCGCGGGAAGGCUUGGAGGUGGUCAACCAGAUCUUGCGCUACACUCCGCCGCAUCGUCUGACUGCUUCGGCGACCCUGGGUCACUCCUUCUUCGCUGAACUUCGUCUGCCCGAAACAAGGUUGCCCAGUGGAAUGACUCUUCCGAAGUUAUUCAACUUCACAGAAGACGAGCUGACACACGACCCAGCGUUGGCAGAACUGGCCCUGGUUCCGGCACCAACACCACCAAACAACAACAGGACGGGCUCUUCCCUCGCUCUCUUCCGGCGUCUCUCGCACAGCGCUUCCGGAACGAAAUCCCGACGAAGUACAAACAAGUGACGCAGUCGUUAACCUGUCCUCUCUGUGUCCGGUACAAAAAGACGUUAAAGUUACCAAAAAAACGCAACAACGAACGCGCAAUAAAUAAACCAGGCUUCCAGAUCGACAAAAUAA